AUGUCCUUGACCGACGAGCAACUUCGGGCUAUCGCAAUAGCAGAAAGAGUAGGAGGGAGCGCUUCGCUGCUAGGAUGUGCGUUCAUUGUGACAACGUAUUGUGCUUCAAGCGCUUUUCGCAAACCAGUCAAUAGGCUGAUCUUCUAUGCGUCUUUUGGGAAUGCUUUCGCCGCCGUUGCAUCUUUGAUGAGCAGAGAUGGAGUGAUAGCAGGACCGCAUUCUGCUCUAUGUCUCGCCCAAGCAUUUUUUAUCCAAUAUUGGAUGCCAACGGACUCGCUGUGGUCCUUUUGCAUGGCGGUUAACAUAUAUCUCACUUUUUACCGGAGAUACUCGGCAGAAGACCUCAAGAAGCUUGAGAAGUGGUACUUUCUGUUCUGUUAUGGAUUACCCCUUAUCCUCGCGACGACACUGAGCCUCAUCAAGACCGCUGGAAGAGGCAGGAUCUAUGGUCCAGCCUUGAUAUGGUGCUCAAUCUCCGAACCGUGGCAAUUUCUACGUUUGGUGUGUUUCUAUGGUCCAGUUUGGGUAGUCAGUAUUGUAACCUUUGCGAUCUACGCCACAGCCGGCGUCCGGAUCUGGCGACAGUAUGGGGCCCUAAAACCUGCCAAAGAUGAACCACCCGCCAACAGAGCAAUGGGCGUUACCCGAUCGGUUUCUUUCGAUGUGACCGCUACUGCAGCCAAAGGCUCAGGUAGUGGCCCAGCCAUGUUAUAUUCAACCUCCAUCGAAUCCCAACAUUCACGCACUAGAAGUGGGUUAGACAUCCAAGCUAACAAGCACAAUGCAAUGCGGAGCUAUUUGAGAUACUCGUUUCUGUUCUUCAUAGCUAUGGUUGCUACCUGGUUACCAUCAUUUGUGAAUCGAAUUCACGGGUUGGUCAAUCCCAGCAAACCGAAUUUCGGGUUGAACUUGGCCGGGGCACUCGUUCUAUCUCUUCAAGGGCUUUGGAAUGCAAUUAUCUACACAUCAACUGCACUCCCAAUAUUCAAAGCCCAGUGGGCUUCUAUCGUCAAAUCUAGAGCACACCGGAGAUCGCCUACUAGAGCCACCGGGGAAGAGGCUACCGAAGUUUCGCUUGAGGAUGUGAGAUUCGAUGAUAGGUAUGAUGCAGAAAGUACAUCUUCUUUGGCGAUCGGUCCACCACCUGAGUCUGUCGUCGUUCAACCUGGC